UGAUUGGCUCGACAGGACGAACCCUUCUGAUGGUAUUCCACAAAACAGACGGGCAAAAAUCUUUAAAUUAUUCCAUUGGCAUACGAGAAAGAGAUUAAGUUGAAUCUUCUGCCCAUCACAACUUGUUUGAGAUAUUGGAAUGGGCUCUUCUUGUGCACACAAAUGCUAAGCUGUCUGUUUGGGAGAAAGAUCAGCCCGCAAAAACCCUGUCACCCCUCAAAGUCCACUUCAGUGACAGAUUAAGCCAUGGUAACCACUGUGUUCCCUGGCCCAUAGCAGCGGGUAAGGUUUAUUGACAAACUGGAGAGGAGCACGAUGAGCUCGUGGGAACAUUACACCUGCUGAAUGGAGCUUCGUUGCUGAGCAACCGUGUAAACAGUGUUUCUGAGGCAGCAAUGCGGAGGAGACUGACUUGUAAAGCAAACAGUGGGAGGCUGACUCUAGCAGCUGUAGCACUACAGGAUCAUAUCACACGAACCGUUCCUGUAUGCUUCUCAAACGCUUCCCGUCAGGCUGCCUGUGGGGCUGCACAUGGUUUUAGGAGUCACAAAAACCAAAGCACAAGACAGAGAGCCAGAGAUGCUGAGCAGACACAGGGGCAAGAAGAGAAAGAGUAUGUGCUGGACCGUGCCCCCCCACCCCUGACUCUUGCUCAGAGGAUGGGUCUAGUGGCAGCACCCUCGAGAAGACUAACAGCAGAAGAGUGGGCAGAGGUUAAAGCCAGAUCUAUCCAGGAGGGAGACUCAAGCCAGCCUUGUGCCAUAUGCAGGGAGGAGUUUCGUCUGCAACCACAGGUUCUACUGUCCUGCUCCCAUGUAUUUCACAAAGUAUGCCUGAAGUCUUUUGAAAAGUUCUCAUGCAGUAAGAGCUGCCCCAUGUGCAGGAAGGAGCAGUAUGAGACAAGAGUGAUAUACGAUGGUGCUCAGCUUUAUCGGGAGAAGUGUGCUCUCAGAAUACAAGCUUUUUGGCGAGGCUACCUCGUUCGCAAAAGGUACCAAACCAUAAGGAAACACGUGCCCCCGAAAGACCAUCGUUUAAGAAGACAAUUCUUUGAAAAAAAGUUUCAGGAGAUGAACGACAGCCUGGUGCGGUCAUGCAGCACAGACGUGGAAGCCUUUCUGAAAGAUAUCGAUCGCUCCGUGGCCAUGAGCCAUGAUCUUCUGCGCCGCUUCGACAAGUCUGUGUGUGUUUUUGAAAUGGAGGACAAGGACUGGCUGGAAGCUCAAGAGAAGGCUGUCCAGCGAGGUGUUCAGGACUGCCCCAUUUGCCUAAACCAUCUGAAUUCACAGAAUGGGUUGUCUAAAGGCGGCAGAAAUGUUUUACUAUUGUCUUGCUCUCAUCUCUUUCAUGAACCCUGUCUGGAGGCCUUCGAGCUUUUCUGCCAGGAGGUGAAACCCACAUGCCCACUCUGCCGGUCUCACUAUGCCAAAAUGCUUGUUUAGAAUUAAAGCUUGGUAUAUUUUUGAGAUGGACCUGAUGUAUAGUGGGAUUUUUUUCUUUGAUUGAAUGACGUGAUA